AUGCAACCAAUGCUCGCCCACUACUGCUCCUGCACUUAUAACACAGCUGUCCUUUACAGCCCCUCCAUCUUUUCAGAGAACAUUUCUUGCUCACACUGUGGCGCAAUAUCAACGGGCAUCAACAUUCAGGCCAAACCCAAAGAAGACGAAAAGAUGCAGCAAGAUGAGCUCACGCAGCUGUUCUCGACUCACAUGUCGCUUUCGCAGAACAUGCCCCAGCAAAUUCAGCAACAAGCACGUCAAGAAGAGCCAGUGCGUCAACAGCAGCAGCAGCCGCGAGAGCAGACCCCUAAACAGAUCGUCUAUGCUUCCCAGCAUUAUACCCACACACAUCAUGUCGCCCCUGCUCGCAGUGUCUCUGAACCGUCGUUGAAAACCCACAUCGACCGUGCAGACCUAGCCAGGGUGCUCCUACGCAACAGUAUCGAUCCAUCUCUCCUCUUUCCUUCGCAGAUAGAUCUUUUUCAAAACGCAGAUGAUGAUCAGCGACUCCGUUUGCUAGAACUAUGGCGCAUCUCGCCCCCAACAGGUCGCCAAGGCCACCCAGACGGCACUGACUACAACAUGUCGCGGCAGCUGUACGACUGGCCGCCAACAAGCAUCGCCCAGGAAGAAGCCAUGGCAAAACUCAGAUAUGAGAGACAACAGGCAGAAGCUCAACAGCAAGAAGACAUCCGCCAGCAUGAGCAGCAGCUGGAGCAGAGCAUGAACUUGGGGGGCACUUCGCCGGCAGAACCAUACAUGGCGUCGGGCUACGAGCUGAUGGCAAGGCGCGACUACGAAGAAUCGUCACGCAGAGAGAAGGAGAGGGAGAGGGAGAGGAAUGCAAGAGAGGCGAAUCAGUACAAUCAGGCCACCGAUCCAGUAUACAAUCAGACUGUCAACAACGGUGGGCUAUGGCAGAAGCAUGUGGGCAGCAUACUAGACAUGGAGAACAACUACGGGGCCUUUGUAUACGCUAGCGAGAACAACUUCCAGCCUGUCAUGUAUGCGGAUGAGGAAAUGGUUAUGUAA